UGUCGCAUCCGUAAACCUGUUUUGGAUGCCCGUGAAAUCAUCUAUUGCCACCUUGUGACGUCGUCCAUAGCCCAAAGUAUUAAUCAUAGAUAAUUGAGGGACGAAAAAAUGGUUACGACAACGGUGAUUGCAGACCUCUGCAUCCUGAUUCUCACCUGGAACGUGGGCACCCACUCGCCGCGGGACCAGGAUCUCAGCUCCCUGCUGUCCCUCAAUGGGACGACCACCUGUCCGGAUAACCAGCUGCCCGACAUCUAUGUGAUCGGAUUCCAGGAGGUGAGCACCACCAACCUGAAGAUCUUCCAGGACGAUCCGUGGGUGCUCAAGAUCGCCGGCGCCCUGCAGGCCCACGAGUUUGUCAAGGUGGACGCAAAGCAGCUGCAGGGCAUCCUCAUCACCAUGUUCGCCCAGCACAAGCACAUUCCGCACAUGAAGAACAUUGAGUCGGAGGCCACGCGCACUGGAUUGGGUGGUCUGUGGGGCAACAAGGGAGCCGUGAGCAUCCGGCUGUCCCUCUACGGAACCGGCGUGGCCUUCGUCUGCUCCCACCUGGCGGCCCACGACGAGAAGCUGAAGGAGCGCAUCGAGGACUACCACCAGAUAGUCGAUAACCACAAGUACAGCGCCCAGGGAUACCGGCGGAUCUUCGACCACGACUUUGUCUUCUGGUUCGGGGAUCUGAACUUCCGCCUCUCCGGCGAGAUGUCCGCCUGGGAUGUGCGCACCGAUGUGGAGAAUGCGCGCUACGCGGAUCUGCUCAAGCUGGACCAGUUGAACCUGCUGCGGGAGAAGGGCAAUGCCUUCAGCCUGCUCGAGGAGCAGCAGCCCAACUUUGCGCCCACCUUUAAGUUCGUGGAGGGCACGAAUGAUUACAACUUGAAGCGACGUCCAGCCUGGUGUGAUAGGAUUUUGCAUCGCGUGCAGAGCAACAUUUAUCCGGGCAUUACCCUGAGUGCCAACCAGCUGUCUUAUCAGUCGCACAUGGACUACAUGCUCUCCGACCACAAGCCCGUAUCGGCCACGUUCAACUACAAGGUCGCCGCAUCCAAUCAAACGUACACCGACGAGGAACUACACGAAAUGACCCAUGGAGCUGCCUCAACUCCCACCGCUCCGAAAGUUAGUCUAACCUUCGCUUUUGCUGUGCUUGUAGCUGUGUCCUAUACUCAACUUUGAUUUCGCUUCUUUUGUAGUUAUUUAACGCUGAGCUAGAGCAAUGGUAGCGCCGCCAUGACGUCACUUAAUUGUA